CUGCCACGACCACGGCACCCCGAAGUGGUCGCACCACCGCUGCGUUCGCAUGCCCGACGUCGUCGUCAGCCCCGCCACCACACAGGAGGUGGUGGCGGUAGUGAAGACCUGCUCGAAGAUGCAGGUCCCGAUGAUCCCGUACGGCGGAGCCACGUCCAUCGAGGGUCAUCUUCUCGCCCCCUUGGGGGGGUGCAGCAUCGACUUCAGCCGCAUGAACGCCGUGAAACGUCUUUCGAAGGAGGAUCAUGACGUCACCGUGCAGCCUGGGCUCGGGUACCUGGAGCUGAACGAGAUGCUCAAGGAGCACGGGAUGUGGUUUCCCCUCGACCCAGGGCCGGGUGCGUCUCUCGGAGGCAUGUGUUCUUGCAGCUGUUCGGGCUCCACCGCCGUUCGCUACGGCACGAUGAAGGACAACGUCUUGAGCAUGACGGUGGUCCUGGCGGACGGUCAGGAGGUGAAGACGUCUAGCAGGGCCAAGAAGAGCUCGGCCGGGUACGACCUGACGCGGCUGUUUGUGGGCAGCGAGGGCACCCUCGGGAUCAUCACGGAGGUGACUCUGAAGAUCCACAAGAUCCCGGCAUACUCCAACUCGGUGCGAGUUUCGUUCGACUCGAUCGACGCGGCGGCUAAGACGGUGCAAGACACUCUCGCGGCGGGGAUCCAGAUCGGUCGCGCCGAGCUCCUGGACGAUACCAUGGUGCAGGUGCUCAACAAGGCCAACAACACCAGGCACCGGGAAGCUACCACCCUCCUGUUCGAGCUGUCGGGCGAGUCGCCGGGUAGUGUUGCGGACGCCCAGAGGGCCGUUCUGGCGCUGGCCAAGAAGAGGGGGGGCGGGAAGCCUCACGUCGCCACCAACCCGGAGGAGUGCCGAGAGCUGUGGCGACAGCGCAAGGAAGCGCUGUGGUCCCUGAUGGGCCUCUACCCGGAGCUGGAGUGCAUGACCACCGACGUCUGCGUGCCGGUAUCUCGGCUAUCGGACCUCAUCGGGCAGAGCAAGAGGGAGCUCGACGCCUCCCGACUUCCCGCGCCCAUCGUCGCCCACGCGGGAGACGGAAACUUCCACGCGCUGAUAAUGUUCGACAGGACCAACCCCGCCGACGUCGCCGAGGCCGACCGGCUGAGCUCCUUCAUGGUGCACAAGGCGCUUGAGAUGGAGGGCACUUGCACGGGCGAGCACGGAGUGGGUGUCGGGAAGAUCAAGUACUUGCCUGAGGAGCAUGGAGACGGCGCCAUGCACACGAUGAGGGUCAUCAAGCGGGGGCUUGAUCCCGGAGGCCUUAUGAACCCGGGAAAAGUGCUGGCGCAUCGGAGGGACCCCCAGACGGGCCGCUUGGUCCUCUGCGCGUAACGCUUGGCGUUUCGUUUUCUUCGGUUGUUUAGCUGGUUGUUCCGCUUGUUUGUUGGCUGUUAUGCUAUGGGCCACGCUGAAAUUCCGGUCUCUGUGCUUAAUGCUUUUUGACAUCCGUACUCGUCUAGCUGACCCGGACGCCUGCCGUGGCCACAGGCGAGCCGCACUCCGAAAAGUGUGCAACCAAGAGAAAAUGAAAUGAUCCAGACAACCACGCGAUACAGUGUGGUAGCAUAUAGGGGAGAAUUGAGGCCCACGAAAGUCAGGCGUCGCGGCGACAAGUCGGGCAAAAGGACAAACUGUAGAAUUGUCCUUAGGUCAAGAAGCCGCGCCGUAGCAACAGUUCAGCCAAGCCUUAGGUUCGUCAGCGGACACUAAGAAGUAAAUAUUUAGAACCGCCUAUCGUUUCUUGACGUCAUAAAGUUCACUUGGACACUACGCUUGUACAU